AUGACUCUCCCUCAACUACAUCGACAGUACUUCAAUGUGCCACCAUUCCUCUACUUACUUCGACAGUCAUCUCAAGUGAUGUCACCUAUCCCUCAACAGUCACUUCAAGUGAUGCCACCCCUCGGUCAACAGUCACUUCAAGUAAUGCCACCACUACGACAUCGACAGUCACUUCAAGUGAUAGUACCCCAAACAACACCCACUUCAAGUGAUGCCACUCUCCCUCCUACUAUGAUCCACUCAACAUUGAACAUUGACCAUUCCCUGUAAUAAGUGAUGCUACCAUUCCCUCAACUACAUCAAGAUCAGCUUCAAGUGAUGCCAUCUCUCCCUCGACAUCAACAGUCACUUCAAGUGAAGCACCCUUAACAGUCACCGUGACUUCCACCCCUCCUCAAUACCAAAGCACUUCAAGUGAUGACCCCCCACUCCCUUUAGCUUACAAAAAUAGUCACUCAAAGUGAACCACCUCUCCCCAUCAUCAAAAGUCAAUUCAAGUGAUGCACCUCACCCCCGAAAUCAACACCGACUUCAAGUUAUGACACCUCUCCCUCAACUACAUUCAACAGUCACGUCAAGUGAUGCCACCUUUAACUCAACAUCAACAGUCACUUCAAGUGAUGCCACCUAACUCAACAUCUACAGUUUACUUCAAGUGAUGCCCCCCUUUAACUCAACAAUCAACAGUCACUUCAAGUGAUUUCCACCUCUCCCUCACAUCGACAGUCACUUCAAGUGUUUACACGCUCCCUCCCGACUCAACACCACUUAAGUGAUGGCCACCAGUCCCCAACUACUUGCAGUCACUUCAAGUGAUGCCACCCUCAACAUCGAACAGUCCUUCAAGUAUUACUACAUCAACACGCCACUUCAAGUGAUGCCACCCUUUCCCUCGACAUCAACAGUCCUUCAAGUGAUGCAUCUCCCCUCGACAUCAACAGUCACUUCAAGUGAUACCACUCUCCAAUUACAUCAACAGUCACUUCAAGUGAUACCAUUACCUAACUACAUCAACAGUCACUUCAAGGGAGCCACAUCUAACAAGCUUUCAAGUGCUGCCACCUCUCCCUCACACACAUGAUACCACUACUCCAUAUUGACACCCCUCAAGUGAACCUCCCCUCGACAUCAAAAAGUCUUCAAGUGAUGCCACCCUUUCCCCCAACUACAACACCCCCUCAAGUGAUGACCUCCCUAACACAUCCAAAAUAAUUUAAAAAUUUCCACCCCUAAUAAAUCAGAGUAUUCAAGGGGGACCAACCCUUAAAAUCCUUUUAAAUGAUGCCCCCAUUCCCGAAUCACGUCUUCAAGGAUCCCCUCCCCAAACAUCCCAAUUAAGUGUUUCCCCCCUUUCAACAGUACUUCAAGAAAGCCCCCCCAAACCCCCCUCAAAAAUUUACCACUUCAAGUGAUUAACCUCCCAAAACCUUCGUGAACAAUUCCCCCUUUUUAACAAAACCUUUAAUUUAGGCCCAACACCCCCAACUUUUAAUGAUGCCCCCCAUCCUCAACAGUCAUUCAAAGGAUGCCCCCCUCCCCAAAAACAUCAACUCACUUUUACGAUGCCACCCUCCUCAAUCAAACAACCUCACUUCAAGUGUGCCCCCCCUCCCUUAAAGUCCUUAAGUGAGCCACCCCUAACCCGUCACUUUAAAUGAUCCCCCCAUUCCCCAAAAGUCACUUCAAGUAAUGCCAAAACCCUUCAACCACUCCCCCCAAAAACACUUAAAUGAUGCCCCCCCUCUUCAACUCACCAAUUAUCCCCCAAAUCCCCAAAAUAAUCAAACCUUCAAUGUGCCACCCCCAUAAAAAAACCCCUUUUGUGAUGCCACCCUCCCUCAACACACAACACCACUUCAAAUGACCCCCCCUCCUCACACAAAAUUAUUCAAUGAUUCCCCCCCAAUAAAAAAAACACACACUUUAAGUAUGAAUUUUCCCUCAACUAACCCUCUUAAAGUCCACCACCCCACAUUCACUUUAAUGUGCACUACCCCCCAACAUCACUUUCAGUGAGCCACCCCCCUCAAAAUCACUUAAAAUUGCCACCCCCACAUCCAGUCCUUAAGUGUGACAUCAACACCCCCUUCAAAUGUGCCCCUCUUCACCCCCUCAACAUUAAAACACCCUUUAAGUUGUACAUUCCUCAAAAUACUAAAACACUUCAAGGAGGGCCAUUUCCCUCACAUAACACCCCUUCUAACAAAACUUUAAAAGGUUAAACCACUUCUCACAUCAAAACCCCCUUCAAGGGUGAAAACCACCCCUCACUACAACCUCACCAAGUGAUACCACCCCCCCUCACAUAAAAAGUAAAAAAAUGAUGCCCCCCCCCCCAAAAAACCAUUUAAGUUAUACACUCUCCCUCAACUACAUCAACAGUCACGUCAAGUGAUGCCACCUUUAACUCAACAUCAACAGUCACUUCAAGUGAUGCCACCUUUAACUCAACAUCAACAGUCACUUCAAGUGAUGCCACCUUUAACUCAACAUCAACAGUCACUUCAAGUGUUGCCACCUCUCCCUCGACAUCGACAGUCACUUCAAGUGUUGACACUGCUCCCUCGACAUCAACACCCACUUUAAGUGAUGCCACCAGUCCCCCAACUACAUUGGCAGUCACUUCAAGUGAUGCCACCACUUCUACAUCGACAGUCACUUCAAGUUAUACUACAUCAACACCCACUUCAAGUGAUGCCACUUCUCCCUCGACAUCAACAGUCACUUCAAGUGAUGCCAUCUCUCCCUCGACAUCAACAGUCACUUCAAGUGAUGCCAUCUCUCCCUUGACAUCAACAGUCACUUCAAGUGAUACCAUUACUACUACAUCGACAGUCACUUCAAGGGAGACUACAUCAACACACACUUCAAAUGAUGCCACCUCUCGCUCAACAGUCACUUCAUGUGAUAGCAUCUCUCUCUCAACUACAUCAUCAUUCACUUCAAGUGAUGCCACCCCUCCCUCAACAACAUCAAAUGUCACUUCAAGUGAUGCCACCUCUCACUCGACAUCAAUAGUCACUUCAAGUGAGGCCACCUCUCUCUCAACUACACCAACCGUCACUUCAAAUGAUUCCACCACUACAGCGACAGUCACUUCAAGUGAUGUCACCACUAAAUCAACUUUCACUUCAAGUGUUGACACUACUCCCUUGACAUCAACACCCUCUUCAAGGGAUACUGCAUCAAUAGUCCCUUCAAGCGAUCCCACAACUCCCACUACUACAUCAACAGUCACAAGUGAGGUCACCACUCUAAGACCAAUAAUGUCAUCAACAAGUGGUGCUACUACAGUGAUAACAGGUGCAGAAACCUCAGCAGUUGUAGCAGUAUCCACUCCCUCCACCCCUUCACCGGGACUAACAUCCAGAGACACUACCUUGGUGACAACUAUCAAAACCACUGUUGCAGAAUGCGGUAUGAUUAUUUGCACUUAUUCUCAAAAACCAUCAUAAGAUUAUAUGAUUGUUAAGAUGUAGUGGAAUUAAAGUUUUUUUUUAAGUACAAAUUGAUACCAAAGACUAUUGAAAUGUGUGAAAAUAUUGCUGUACAUACUCUGCAUUAUUUGAUCUUUAUUGUGCCAGGUCGCAGUUGUAAAUGAGAACUUGUUCUCAACUGGCUUACCUGGUUAAAUAAAGGUGAAAUAAAAAUAAAUAAAUAAAUUGUCAUUUGUUUUCAGUGUCAGAUGCUCUGUUGAAUGUCAUCAAGCUGGAGGAUGUCACUAGUAAGUUAAUCAGUGUGAGUUGGACUGGUAUUAACCUGGACCAGCAGAUACAGUACAAGGUGAAGCUGUCAUCUAAUUCCAACUCAACUCAGAUUGAGACCUCAGUCACCAAAGCUGUUUUCUCAGACCUUAUUCCUGGAACCAUAUACACUCUGAUUAUUGAGUACUUAUCCUGCAGCAUCAAGAAAAACAUUUCAAGAGACAUAAUCACUGGUAUGUCAACUCUUGUUCAAGUAAUCUCCUUGAAUUCAUUUAGAGCAUACAUUUGUCUUUAAAACAAUUAUAGAUAAAAUGAGUACAAUAGGACAUUUUGUGCAAACAUCACAUUUGUUUUGUUAAAUGUUUAUCUUUACUCUCCAAAAAGCUGGAAAGGUCUAUGAAUCUUCCACUCGAAUUCCAGGCAGAGAGUUUUUGUCUGAUUAUACAAAUCAAUCCAGCAAACUUUACAAAGACUUUGUGACCAAUUUCAUUAUGCAGGUAAAUAUUCACUAAGCAUUUUUUAUAAUUGCUUUUUAAUUUAAGUCAUAUAAUAAAACCUUGUAUGAUUUAAAUGUACAUAUUUCUUUAAAGGUUGAAAACAAUCUCCCGAAAGAAUACCAGGACCUUAUCAAGGCUAAACAAAUGGUGGUGGUUGUGAGAGGUGUUCGCAGAGGAAGUGUGAUCGUUGACUUUGAUCUGGUCAAUGCUCUGGAGGUCAAACUGUCAACCUCUGACGUGCAGAACAGUGUCAUCAAUGCGCUGAAAACAUCUGCACUCGGAGUAGAUCUGAAUUUCACCUCAGUCAAAGGUUUUUGAAUUCCAAUAACUACAUACAAUGAUAUAUUCUAUGCUAGUUAAUCAAUCAAGUGAUUUAUUUUAUAAAUAUUAAAGAACUAACAGAAUUAAGGACGGUUGGAUGAUAGAUUUGUAUAUCUAGGUAUAAAACAGAAGUCUAUAUUUAAGCCAGGUGGUUAUCAUAUCGCCAUGUGUAUUUAGUGGCUUUUAGUAACUUAAUUUCUUCUUUAUUACAGAGGCAGAUAUUUGCCAACGAGGAGAUCACACAUGCUCUAAAAAUGCCAGCUGUGUCAGAGAGGGACCCUCACAUACAUGUGAAUGUAAGGCAGGAUUCUACGACGAAAACCCAACCGUACCGGGUACUGACUGCAAGAGUAAGAAAACUUAGCUGCUUGAAAUGUGGGCCACACUUUACAUGAAAUAAUUACCUUAUACAAGAGUAACUACCAGUGGAUGAACAUAAGUUAUUACCCUGUAAUACACUAGUAAGUACAUCCAGUUAAGCAGUAUUUACCACUAUUGCACUCACUGUUUUGUAGGAAAUAUCUCUCCAGGUGCAGAUCCAUGUCAAGGCUUGUGUUCAUCACGUGCUCAGUGUGUGAUUGGUCCUGGAGGCAGCCAUGAGUGUAGCUGCUAUCCUGGUUUGAUAGAUCAGAAUCCUGUUAACCCUGGGAAGCUAUGCAAAGGUACACUAACGUCCUCUGUAUCUGUAUCAAUUCCUUACUUGAGUAUCUUACACAUACGUUACAUUACAUCUUCUUUCCAUCAAAAUGUGCCCACUUUAGAUCCUGUCGACUGUUUUGAUCAAGAAAAUGACAUUUGCUCAUCCCAAAAUCAAUGUCUUCCGCCCAAGUUUCUCUGCUCAUGUAAGUUCUGAAAUCAUACCAAUUCUUCAGAUCUCACAUACGGUCUUCAGAGAAAGAGGAAUCUCUAAUACUGAGGCCUAUUUCUGCCUUAUUAUAACAACUCUCUCUUCUUCCCUCCUACAGUGAGGAAUGUUUUCAAAUUAACAGCAGAGUUCAACUCUUGGAUUUUCAAUUCCUCUCUGUACGACCCAGUGAGCGACGCUUGGGCGUAUGCCUCUACAAAGAUCAUAACAACUGUACGCAGAUACACGCUCUGAUUUGUAAUUAUUGUGAUGUCUUACAAAUGUCAUCUUAAAACACUAUGGUUUAUUUUCUACAAGUACUUUUUUAAAUAGAUGUCUACUUUACUAUCCUUUUCCCCCCAGGUUGUCCCCAAAAUGCAGCGUGUUCUGUUAGAUUCAUCCUUUGACAUGACAGUGGUGGGCUUCCAGAGGGGUAGUGUGGUGGUCAGGAUGAUGUGUGGUUUUAAUGGGAAUUCUACCACUGAUGAAAUAACUCUCCAGGCUGCUCUACAGGACACUCUCCGCAAACACCUGGACGACUCCGCCAUAGCUACCUUGAAAAGUAUGUUUAAAACAUAGGAGUUUUUUUAAAAGAAUUGGCAUUACAUGGUGAUGGUGUUUGUUUUGUUCAAUUAAUAUAUGUGACUUGGUUGUGGUAUGUACAGUGGGGAGAACAAGUAUUUGAUACACCGCCGAUUUUGCAGGUUUUCCUACUUACAAAGCAUGUAGAGGUCUGUAAUUUUUAUCAUAGGUAUGGGAUGGGAUGGGCUACAGGACAAUAGGCAAGCAGCUUGGUGAGAAGGCAACAACUGUUGGCGCAAUUAUUAGAAAAUGGAAGAAGUUCAAGAUGACGGUCAAUCACCCUCGGUCUGGGGCUCCAUGCAAGAUCUCACCUCGUGGGGCAUCAAUGAUCAUGAGGAAGGUGAGGGAUGAGCCCAGAACUACACGGCAGGACCUGGUCAAUGACCUGAAGAGAGCUGGGACCACAGUCUCAAAGAAAACCAUUAGUAACACACUACGCCGUCAUGGAUUAAAACCCUGCAGCGCACGCAAGGGCCCCCUGCUCAAGCCAGCACAUGUCCAGGCCCGUCUGAAGUUUGCCAAUGACCAUCUGGAUGAUCCAGAGGAGGAAUGGGAGAAGGUCAUGUGGUCUGAUGAGACAAAAAUAGAGCUUUUUGGUCUAAACUCCACUCGCCGUGUUUGGAGGAAGAAGAAGGAUGAGUACAACCCCAAGAACACCAUCCCAACCGUGAAGCAUGGAGGUGGAAACAUAAUUCUUUGGGGAUGCUUUUCUGCAAAGGGGACAGGACGACUGCACCGUAUUGAGGGGAGGAUGGAUGGGGCCAUGUAUCGCGAGAUCUUGGCCAACAACCUCCUUCCCUCAGUAAGAGCAUUGAAGAUGGGUCGUGGCUGGGUCUUCCAGCAUGACAACGACCCGAAACACACAGCCAGGGCAACUAAGGAGUGGCUCCGUAAGAAGCAUCUCAAGGUCCUGGAGUGGCCUAGCCAGUCUCCAGACCUGAACCCAAUAGAAAAUCUUUGGAGGGAGCUGAAAGUCCGUAUUGCCCAGUGACAGCCCCGAAACCUGAAGGAUCUGGAGAAGGUCUGUAUGGAGGAGUGGGCCAAAAUCCCUGCUGCAGUGUGUGCAAACCUGGUCAAGACCUACAGGAAAUGUAUGAUCUCUGUAAUUGCAAACAAAUGUUUCUUUACCAAAUAUUAAGUUCUGCUUUUCUGAUGUAUCAAAUACUUAUGUCAUGCAAUAAAAUGCAAAUUAAUUACUUAAAAAUCAUACAAUGUGAUUUUCUGGAUUUUUGUUUUAGAUUCCGUCUCUCACAGUUGAAGUGUACCUAUGAUAAAAAAUUACAGACCUCUACAUGCUUUGUAAGUAGGAAAACCUGCAAAAUCGGCAGUGUAUCAAAUACUUGUUCUCCCCACUGUAUGUGACUCAGGUUGUGGUUUCACUUAUUUCUUCUAUUUCAUUUUGUGUGGGAUACUGCUUAUCUAAUAUUGUCCUUUCAAUAGUUACUGAUAGACAUUGACCAAACAUCUGUCUGUUCUCUGUAGGAGUUUCCCAGAUAUCAACGGCCCCAGGACAAGGCUGGAAAGUGGCGACCAUAGUCCUGGGAGUUCUGCUGGGCUUCACUUUGAUAGUCGUGGUUGUCGUUCUGAUCAUCACCAUAGUGAGGAGAGCAGCUAGCAAGCUGACCACAUAUAACAUAGAGCAAACAGAACACAACAUACAAGCGGUGUCCAAUGACUACUUACAAGGACGUUAUUCUUACCAGGUGUAGUUCACAGAUUCUUGAAAGACGCGAUAAUCUAAACUUUUUUUCACAAAUAUAUUUCUUAAUAUUAACAAAAGUAUCAGCUAUCACACCAUGU